CCCGGCAGUUAGUCGUUGGUCAGUCGCCAAGGCGGAGCGACGUGUUUUUGGAAAUAAUUAGAGCUCAGAAGUCAGACCCCUUGGGAAAUAUACAAAUACAAAUUAUGAAGACUUUGAAGGACCAGAAGCGCAGGGUUUGCGUGAUAGGAGCUGGCACCGCCGGUCUCUGUGCCCUGAAGAACUCCCUGGAGGCGGGCUUGGAUGCAGUGGCGUAUGAGCGAGGAACUGAGAUCGGGGGUACUUGGAUCUUCUCAGACAAAAUGCCUAAAGACGAGUACGAUGAAGUGCACAGCAGCAUGUACGAGGGACUGCGCACCAAUCUGCCCAAAGAGGUCAUGGGCUAUCCCGACUACUCCUAUCCCGAUGACAUUGAUGAGUCCUUUAUCACUGCUCAACAGGUGUUGAACUUUCUGCGAUCCUAUGCCAAGCACUUUAAGCUGGAACCCCACAUCAAGCUUCAGCACGAGGUGAUAAGAGUGCGUCCUCGAUUGGACGAUUGGGAGGUCUAUGUGUGGGACCACAGCACGGAUACCUGCGAUCCAGUCUACUACGACUUUGUCUACGUCUGUAAUGGCCACUAUACGGAACCCGACUUGCCGCAGAUCGAGGGAUUGGAGCUGUACAGGGGCAAGAAGAUGCACAGCCAUUUGUAUCGCAAAGCAGAUACGUUUAAAGACGAAAGUGUCUUAAUCAUCGGUGCUGGACCCAGCGGCAUGGAUAUAUGUAAUCACAUUCGCACGGCCGCCAAGAAGGUGUUCCUGAGCCAUCACCUGUCCACAACGCCCAACACAGCCUUCAUGGGCAAUGUGUCACAAAAACCGGAUGUGGAGCGCUUUACGCCAAAUGGGGCGGUAUUCAAGGACGGUAGCGAGGAGAGCUUCGGUCACGUGCUGUUCUGCACCGGCUACAAGUACACAUUUCCCUGCCUCAGCACUGACGUUGGCAUCCAGGUUAUCGACAACUUUGUCCAACCGCUGUGGAAGCACUGCAUCAACAUCAAUCACCCCACAAUGGCCUUCAUUGGGCUGCCCUUCAACGUUAUCCCCACCCAUAUCUUCGACAUGCAGGUUCGCUUCACAGUCAAGUUCUUUACGGGCGAGCGCCAGUUUCCUUCUCGCGAGGAGAUGAUCGCCGAGCUGGAGCAGGAGAUAGGAGAGCGUUGGGGCUGUGGUGUCCACAAUCGCAAAAAAGCACAUCAAAUGGGCGAACGACAGUUUGUUUACUACAAUGAACUGGCCAGGAUAGCAGGCAUCGAGAACAUCAAACCUGUCAUUCAUAAGCUGAUGAAAGACUGUGGCAAAAAAUACAUUUUCGAGCUAGACUCCUACAGAAGCAACAAAUACACGAUCGUAGACAAUGAAAAUUUCCUGAAGAAUGGAAAAGCUAUUGUAUGAUUUGACCAAAGUCGUUCCCACAUAAUUCACUUAAUGCACGUGUGUUAGUCGAAUCCUAAGAGCCCAUGGUGCCACUAAAUAAGUCAUCAAACUGUUAAAUACCAUAUACUCCCUAAGAAAUGUUUAAUGCCGUAGAAUAAGAAUUAAUCAAAUUAAUUUUCAAUGUUAAAUAAAUAAAAAAAAAAAUGAAGCUGAAAUGAGAAUAGUGGUUGCUUAGCAAACAGCUCCCUUAAUCUGU